AUGGUUCAAGUCCCAACUGAGCAAAUGGCUCAAGUCAUUGAGGCCGUCGGAGGACCCCUCUCGUUCAAGAAGAUCCCCGUCGCCAAGCCCGGCCCCGACGAGGUCCUCGUCAACAUCAAGUACAGCGGCGUCUGCCACACGGACCUGCACGCCAUGAUGGGCGACUGGCCCAUCCCCUCCAAGAUGCCGCUCGUCGGCGGCCACGAGGGCGCCGGCGUCGUCGUCGCCCGCGGCGAGCUCGUCACCGACGUCCAGCUCGGCGACCACGUCGGCGUCAAGUGGCUCAACGGGUCCUGCCUCGCCUGCACCUACUGCCAAGCCGCCGACGAGCCGCUCUGCGGCGCCGCCUCUCUCUCGGGAUACACCGUCGACGGCAGCUUCCAGCAGUACUGCGUCGCCAAGGCCGCGCACGUCGCCCGCAUCCCCAAGGAGUGCGACCUCGAGGAGAUUGCGCCCGUCCUCUGCGCCGGCAUCACCGUCUACAAGGGCCUCAAGGAGUCGGGCGCCAAGCCCGGCCAGUCGGUCGUCAUCGCCGGCGCCGGCGGCGGGCUCGGCUCGCUCGCGUGCCAGUACGCGCGCGCCAUGGGCCUGCGCGUCAUCGGCGUCGACACCGGCGCCGACAAGCAGGCGCUCGUCAAGGGCUACGGCGGCGACUUUGUCGACUUUAUGACCUCCAAGGACCUGGUCGCCGACGUCAAGGCCCUGACGCCCGACGGCCUCGGCGCGCACGCCGCGCUGCUCGUCGCCGUGCAGGAGAAGCCCUUCCAGCAGGCGACGCAGUAUGUGCGCUCGCGCGGCGUCGUCGUCUGCAUCGGUCUGCCUGCCGAUGCGUACUUCAAGGCACCCGUCUUCGACACCGUUCUGCGCAUGAUUCAGAUUCGCGGCAGCUACGUCGGCAACCGCCUCGACUCGGCCGAGGCCAUUGAGUUUUACCGCCAGGGCCUCAUCAAGGUGCCUUUCAAGACGGUUGGUCUAAGCGAGCUGCCUUCUGUAUAUGAUCUCAUGAAGGCUGGCAAAAUCACUGGUCGCUACGUGUUGGACACCAGCCGCUAG